AUGGCCGAAAGAAUCGCCAAAGUCCGUUUUCGGAGAUUAUAUUACUCGGCAAUGAUCCAGCAAACACAGUCCGUUGAUUACGUGUUACAUUCGCUGGAAGAUAUUUACUAUAGACCGAAAAGAAAGGUUAUAUAUAUUAAACCAUUAUUUAUUAUCAGUUAUAAUUUCACUUUGGAAAUAUUCAUACUCAAUUGUCGUCUUUUAUACCCGAUGACUUAGCUCGUUUUCAACAUUUUUAAAAAUAUUAUUUUUUUCGACCGUUUUAAAUUUAGCUUAAAUGUUUUUUUUUUUUUUUUCUUAUUGUUAACAAUAAUGCGCGUUAAACGAGAAAAUUGUCAACAAUUGAAAUAUAAUAUACAAUUAUUUUAACGUUUUGCAGGAAAUAAUUUGGCAAGUUUAUUCGGGCAAUACCAGUAUUUUCCCCACGUACAAGCGAAACGAACUGAUAUUUGUAGGCCACCUUUGUGGUGGCGUUAUAGAGCGCGGUAUCAUCGAGUAAGUAAUCUUCUAUGCGUUAUUUAUCGAGUAUAGUAUAAAUAACCAUAUUUUAUUUGUAUUAUUUAUUUAUUUGUAGAAAUGACGAAAAUUCGCGUAUAGCGUUGCAAUUUGUAUUGGAAGCGCUCAAACAAGAUCACAAAUCCGGUAUGUUCGGAUUCGGCCUGAGUGCGGUUGACUAGUUCAAUAAAUGCUUGAAGACCGAUCGCGUGCAUCAAUAUUUAAAUUACAUGCCGGAAAUCUCAAAUAUUCCAAAACACGUAUACGAGAUAUGAUUAAAGAAAAAUAAUAGUGUAUAUUGGAUGUAGAAAUUUUAAAAAUUGCAUAGAAUCUUUGAGAACAUUAUCUUGAUAUUGAUAAAUAUCUUAGAAUAAAAUUACGAAUGAUGAAUACAAUGUUAUUGCUCGAACGAUAUUAUUAAUGUUUGCUAUAUGUAUUAUGUAUUUUGUGUUGGCAUUUGAUUGAGAAAACCACGAGAGAAGUUUUAACAUGGGCGAAGAAUUUUCAAAAAAUACAAAAAUAAUGAAAAAUACCGGAGAAGAACAACAAUUGAAACGAAUUAAAAAUAUCGAUAAUAAUAACAAACGCGUUGGAAAAAAGGCCACGAAAAAAGAUAAAGAAAGCGUACAAAAGGAAAUAAUUACAAUCUUAAAAGACCCGAAUCAAUUCAACAUCUAAACUAAGGUUAAUAUUAAUAUUUAACGUAUACAAAGACAAAUGUUAUCAAAAUACUUCAUAUCUGUUAUAAUUAUCGUGUCAGUAAUUUAUUUGUAUUUUAUAAAAGUGCGAGGAAAUCCGAGAGAUAUGGACCGACGAAUGUCUGCCUUGGUUAUCGAGAUACUUACUAACGAAACGAAUCGCCAUCGAGGCGAACUUUCACGCGAUGCAUUUGAACUUGCUGGACGAAUUAAAUAACAUACCCCUCAAAACAUUGACACGAAGGGAAACCGUGAAAAACAUUAGAGUAAGCAUAGAAAUAUGUCUGUUAUCAACCCAGAAUACGCAAACCGAUUAAUUUAAAAUAUAAUAUCUUGAAUUUUAUAUCGUUAGAUUCUAUUCAAACAAAACAAAUUGAAUAUGUCUUGCGUCAAAGAACUGUACAGGACGUUGUUGAAAAAUUCAGGCCAUUGGUUCGGUAUGAUUACGAUUGCGAAAAAAACAGGAUCACUAUGAUCGACGAGUUUGGCGAACUCGACUCGUUUUCGACCCGAUCCUAUAACAGCGGUGAUCGUGGGGAGUUUAGAACACCGUUCGUAGUCAAAGUUCUGGAAUCGUGCGCGGAUAGCAAAGUAUGUUGAAUAUAUCAUCCUCCCCCCCUCCCAUUGAAUUUUUCCCCGAUUGUAGUAUUAUAAUUUUUAUAUUUUUUUAAUAAGGUACAUAACACAUUACAUCCGUGGACGAUAGAAUCUCUGACUAGCCUGGCGAAAUUGUACGAUGAACCGGGUUUGAACUGUAUAAUACAAUUUCAAAUCAAACAGUUAUUCAAAAUAUUAAUCGCGAAACUCUAGGUGAGAAUUAAUUUAAAAUAUUUGGACACCGCAUCAAUCUUAUACACAAUUCGUGUUUUAGGGUUUCUAA